GGCCUAAAUCUGUCCGCCACUCACCGCUCCACACCUCUCACAACACACACCUAGUUUCUUUACCUUGACGAUUCUCUUUCAAUUUUGGGUGCUCUCUGCCUCUCUCUACUACUUCCAACUCUUCUACGCUUCUUCGCUUGCUGGCGAUGCGUCUGCCCUUUGUUCUCUGUUUUCCCUAUAGAUGGAGCCCGUGACCAGAUUCAAUCCAGAUAUGAAAGACUUGGCACAGGGCAAUGCUGAUCCUAAUGUCUCAGAAUUGGAAGGGUUUAGCCAUCACAUUGAUGAAUUAUUAGCAAAAGUUAAUGAGCUUGAACAAGGUGUCAAUGUAGUCGAACAGUUCUACAUGACUGCAGAUAACAAACAACACAACACUGAUAAGUAUAACUCAGUUGUGAAGGACAAAAUCAGGGAAAAAUAUUUAACCAAAAUUGAGAAUCAAGAGCAACAUGCUUCACAGAGGGAAGCAGCUGCUGAAAAGAGGAUGCGAGAACUUAUGCGCCAGUUUGCAGGAAUAUUUCAUCAGAUCACUCAGCACAGUUGGGCAUGGCCUUUCUUGGAGCCUGUAGAUGUUGUGGGACUUGGUUUGCACGACUAUUAUGAGGUAAUUGAAAAGCCAAUGGACUUCGGUACAAUAAAAAAUAAAAUGGAAGCUAAGGAUAGCACUGGGUACAAGAAUGUCCGGGAAAUAUAUGCUGAUGUUAGGCUGGUUUUUAAGAAUGCCAUGAAAUACAAUAAUGAAAGGGAUGAUGUUCACAUAAUGGCCAAAACUUUGCUGGAAAAAUUUGAAGAGAAAUGGCUUCAACUUUUGCCUAAGGUUGUUGAAGAAGAAAGAAGACAAACAAAGGAGCAAGUAUCAGUGCAGGCAGGCGCAAGACUAGCUCAAGAGGCUUCAUAUGCCAAUAUGUCUAGGGAUUUAAGCAGAGAACUUUCUAAGGUUGAUGUGCAACUGGAGAAACUCAGAAAAACAGUAGUUCAAAAAUGCAGAAAAAUGACUGUUGAAGAGAAAAAGAAACUAGGGACGGCUCUCACUCGCUUAUCCCCUGAAGAUCUGACUAGGGCACUGGAGAUAGUUGCUGAUGAUAAUCCGAGUUUCCAAGCAACAGCUGAGGUGGUGGACCUUGACAUGGAUGCUCAGAGUGAAUUGACAUUGUGGAGGCUAAAGGUUUUUGUGAAGAAUGCUUUAAAAGGUAUGGGCAGGAAUUCUGCUGGUGUGGAUGGCAACAACAGCAAUGAAAAAAAGGACAACACCAACAUCAAUAACAAGAGGAGCAAAAAUUCUAUCCCCACUGCUACUGCUGCAACCACCACCAACAAACGAAGAAGAGAGAUGCGUGAUGCUAUUAACAGGACAUCUACGAAGAAGACUAGGCGAAUCUCCCUCAUUUCAUGAAUUCACCAAUUCUGGAAGUUCCAACUUCCCUUUGGUUAUCAUGUGAAGUUGACGGUGUGAAUGUAAAGUUGUUGGAAAACUAUAACCAACCCCCCCAUCCCCCCCCCCCCCCCCCCCCCCCCCCCCCCCCCCAAAAAAAAAAAAAAAAAAAGAAAAAAAAAAAGAAAAAAGAAGAGCAAGUACAUAUGAUAAAAUUACAACAUACAGCUCAUUCACUCAACUGUGGAGUUGAUAUUGCCUCGUGAUAAUUUUAAUCUUAUGGCGGAAUAAGAACGUCGUCAGAAGAUUCAACUAAAAGCAUUUCUAGUGAGAGUUUUAGAAAGGGUUUAGAUGCGACAAGUUUCUAUGCUUAAUGGUAAGACUUCCGAACUUGUACAUGCAUGUGCAGGCAGGUGAGCUCCUGCCUUGCCUGAUACAUAUGAAACCUCAUGAAUUUAAUUGAUCUCAUUGUAGGAGCAA